UUAUUUGAAAAAUCGAUUUAUCGAUUAUCGGUAAUCGAUUCCACACACCAUUACUUUGCAUUGCAGUUUCGUUCGUUGUGUUCGUCAACAAAUCCUAUUGAGUUCCAAUGAAUAUGUAUAGUUAGUUAAUUUAUUAACACACAUUACAUACCAAAAUGCCUACUUGGAAUCAAAUACAAUCUCAAUUGAGGAACCCCAACAACCCCGUCGUGUUUUUCGAUAUAACUGUAGGAACAACAGAAAUCGGGCGAAUGAUUUUUGAAUUGUUUGCUGAUGUCGUGCCCAAGACAAGUGAAAACUUCCGGGAAUUCUGCACUGGAGAAUAUAGAAGGGAUGGUGUUCCUCUAGGUUAUAAAGGAGCUACAUUUCAUAGAGUUAUCAAAGAUUUUAUGAUACAAGGCGGUGAUUUUGUUAAUGGUGAUGGCACAGGAGUGAUGAGUAUUUAUGGUGGAAGCACAUUUGCAGAUGAAAACUUUGCUUUGAAGCAUGAUUCACCUGGUUUGCUAUCAAUGGCCAACAGUGGAAAAGACACAAAUGGAUGUCAAUUUUUUAUAACUUGUGCAAAGUGCAACUUUUUAGAUAAUAAGCAUGUAGUAUUCGGAAGAGUUAUUGAUGGACUUUUAGUAAUGAGAAAGAUUGAAAAUGUUCCCACCGGACCAAAUAACAAACCAAAAAUACCUGUUACUAUAUCACAGUGUGGACAAAUGUAAAUAAACUGUAAUUCAUUAGUCAAACAUUUUUUAAUUCCAAUUUUCAAAAUAGAUUUAACAUCAAUAAAUAAUAUUUACAUUUAUCACAAUAAAUACUUAGAUUAAUGUAGGUUUUCAUUAAAUCCUGUUUUAAAAGUUUUAUGUUUUCACUUAGCAAAAAUGAAAUAACUUCAGAAUGAUGCAGAGAAAUAUUAAGAAAUUCAACAAACAAAAUUAUAUUUUUACUUGUUAUGUAAAAGGUAUAAUAAUACAAAAAAACUAUAUUGUGCCAAUAUCUCAAGGGUUAGUGAAACACUUGACAGUUUACACAUACUGGCAAAUAGUUUCAUUCAAAUAGUAAUUCUUCAUAUUAGUGGUUGUUUAAUUUUGCUUGCGAUAGUAAAACAGCCUUCAUAUGUUCACAUGACUACCUAGUUGAUCACAUAUAUAAACUUGAGUUAGUUCUCCUUUGAUUUGCCACUUUUCUCUAAUGAAAACAACCUCAUUGAUCUACUCUAUGGUAUUCAUCUACUCAAGAUUAUCAUUUUAAUGUCAACUUUUAAUCAUAUGGUUGUUAAGAAGUAAAUUUCUAGGUUGCAUUGUUGCCGGUCCAUAUCUUUUGCCUACUUCUCUUAUGAAAGCACCUUCCAUUUGUCUAGCCACUUGAUCAAAAAACAAAUUUGAUAAAUGAGAAUGAAAAGCUGAUCGGAAUUCGAAUGUUAUUUGAAAAUCAACAACACAUGACUGUUGUUCUCUUUUUAAACCAGGACUGAACCUCCACUGUGUGAGCAUAUGAUGAAAGAGUUUUCCAUCAGUGCACUCUGCUUUUACUAAAUGUGGUUUGAUUAGAGUGACAUUAGAUGUAUAACUUUCAUUAAUAGGUGGAAACCCAACAAUCAAGUCUGCUUUUAGUCUGGCUGGGGUUUUGAGAAGUACAACAGAUUUUUUACACCAAGGUACAAAUUUAUAAUAAUUCUCGACAUCUGACACUACUUCAAACAUCUGUUCCAUUGU